UAGCAGAGGCUGCAAAGGCGGGCGGCUCAGCAGCUGGCCGCGAGUGAGUGCGCGCUGCCCCACGGAACUUCCCCGCAGCCGCCCCGGCGGUGCCCGCCUGUCCCCCUCCAUGUCCCGCAAGGCGAGCGAGGACGUGGAGUACACGCUGCGCAGCCUGAGCAGCCUGAUGGGCGAGCGGCGCCGCCGGCAGCCGGAGCCGGGGGCGCCGGGCGGGGAGCGCAGCCUGCUGGCCGCCGAGUCGGCCACCAGCCUGCAGGGCGCGGAGCUGGAGCGCGCCGCUCGCCGGCAGUUCCAGCGCGACGAGACCCCCGCCUUCGUCUAUGCGGCCGCCGCCUUCUCGGCGCUCGGCGGCUUCCUGUUCGGCUACGACACCGGCGUGGUGUCGGGGGCCAUGCUGCUGCUGCGGCGCCAGAUGCGCCUGGGCGCGAUGUGGCAGGAGCUGCUGGUGUCGGGCGCGGUGGGCGCGGCCGCCGUCGCGGCGCUGGCCGGAGGGGCCCUGAACGGAGCUCUCGGCCGGCGCAGCGCCAUCCUGCUCGCCAGCGCCCUGUGCACCGCGGGCUCCGCUGUGCUGGCCGCCGCCGCCAACAAGGAGACGCUGCUGGCCGGCCGCCUGGUCGUGGGGCUCGGCAUCGGCAUUGCUUCCAUGACCGUGCCCGUGUACAUCGCAGAGGUUUCUCCACCCAACCUAAGAGGUCGACUGGUCACCAUUAAUACCCUCUUCAUCACAGGGGGCCAGUUUUUUGCAAGUGUCAUUGAUGGAGCCUUCAGUUACCUGCAGAAGGAUGGAUGGAGGUACAUGUUGGGACUUGCAGCAAUUCCAGCCAUUAUACAGUUCCUUGGAUUUCUCUUUUUGCCUGAAAGCCCUCGCUGGCUUAUUCAGAAAGGACAGACUCAGAAGGCCCGCAGAAUUUUGUCUCAGAUGCGUGGCAAUCAGACUAUUGAUGAGGAGUAUGACAGCAUCAGAAACAGCAUCGAGGAGGAGGAAAAGGAAGUCAGCGCAGCUGGACCUAUAAUCUGCAGAAUGCUGAGUUACCCCCCUACUCGCCGAGCCUUAGUUGUGGGAUGUGGUUUACAGAUGUUCCAGCAGCUCUCUGGCAUCAACACCAUCAUGUACUACAGUGCAACCAUCCUGCAGAUGUCUGGUGUGGAAGAUGACAGGCUUGCAAUAUGGCUGGCUUCAGUGACAGCUUUCACCAACUUCAUUUUCACACUCGUGGGAGUCUGGCUCGUUGAGAAAGUGGGCCGAAGGAAGCUUACCUUUGGUAGUUUGGCAGGUACAACAGUAGCACUGAUUAUUCUUGCCUUGGGAUUUCUGCUCUCAGCCCAGGUUUCCCCACGGGUCAGUUUCAGACCAGUGGCUCCUUUGGGUCAAAAUGCCACCUGCACAGGAUACAGUUACUGUAAUGAGUGUAUGCUGGAUCCAGACUGCGGAUUCUGCUAUAAGAUGAACAGUUCAGCUGUCAUUGAUUCCUCCUGUGUUCCAGUUAAUAAAGCAUCUACAAAUGAGGCAGCCUGGGGCAGGUGUGAAAAUGAAACCAAGUUCAAAACAGAAGACAUCCACUGGGCCUACAGUUUCUGCCCCACCCCGUACUCCUGGACGGCACUCCUGGGUCUGGUGUUAUAUCUCAUUUUCUUUGCACCUGGAAUGGGACCAAUGCCCUGGACAGUGAACUCUGAAAUCUAUCCUCUCUGGGCAAGAAGUACAGGAAAUGCAUGCUCAGCUGGAAUAAACUGGAUUUUCAACGUCCUGGUUUCGUUGACCUUUUUACACACAGCUGAGUAUCUUACAUACUACGGCGCCUUCUUCCUCUAUGCUGGCUUUGCAGCUGUAGGACUGCUUUUCGUCUACGGCUGUCUUCCGGAAACGAAAGGGAAAAAACUAGAGGAAAUCGAGUCACUCUUUGACAGCAGGCUAUGCACGUGUGGCGCUUCUGACUCCGAUGAGGGGCGAUACAUUGAAUACAUCCGGGUCAAGGGAAGUAACUACCAUCUCUCUGACAACGAUGCUUCUGAUGUGGAGUAAUUUUCAGCUGAUGACAUUUUAGUUACUGAAUUGAAUGUGGAGAGAAGGCCAGCAGUUGGUCACUGCCCUGCUCGCAAGCUGCGUCUCCCCACACAGUCCUUCCAAAUGACUCCAUAUUCUAGAAGACUUGAUGAGGAGAAAAAUACAACCAUGGUGAUGUUUAUUUUCAUAAACAGAAAUGCUAAAACAAAACCCACAGAUUUUUUUCUUAAGCAGAUGUGUAUAAUCCCUUCCUGAGACAGUCUAAACAUUACUGUUGUACCUAGUGACUUCAGUAGGACCCCUUUCUCCUAAGACCACAUACAAUUAUCAGUAGCAAUACAGUCAGUGGUAAUCUAGGCAAAGUAUAUAUGUAUAUUUAUAAAGGAUUAUUUAAGAUGACCUAAAGGUAUUUAAUGCCAAAACAUGGUCUGUUGACCCUAAAUUUUCAUACCAAGUAAUGGUUUUUCUAUGAUCCAUAGGUACAAAGUGAAUUCCAUCUAAACUUCCAUUCACAAAUUCAGAAGUCCUAUAAGGACAUAGCUGUCCCUCUCUCCUUUGGAUUCCAGAUGUUGGCUUCUGUCUCCAACACAGAUACAAUUUCUUCAGAGACUGAAUACACAAGAUCUUUUGAACACUAUCCAAAGCAGGCCCUUUAAGGGUUAUUUUCAUACUUUUUUGCAUCAGUGAUGAGUAUAUUUGCACAGACAAGCUAGCAUGUUUUGAUAAGUAUAUUUUAUUGUCAAAGUGAGAAAGAACAGAUUUUUAUAUAUCCUGAUUCGUUAGUCACAAAUGUGUGUACAAUUGGAAUGCCAUUGUAAGUGUGAAGUAGUGUCAGGCUGUCAGCUGUAUUCCAGGGUCAGUUGAAUCUACACAGAACUGUCCACAUUGUCACUCCCUGGCUCCUGCUGCUCUGUGCCUUCCUUGGUGUUAAAUGACAGCUGCUGGCAGACUGGUUUUCUCUUUCUGAUACACAUGAGGAAGGAGGUCAGUGGCAGAAACAGUUGUUAACAUUUAUUUUAAAUCCCAGGACUUCUUUCUCCACAUGUUUUAUUGGCUCUUCCUAAGGACAGGAAGAUACCUCACUACUAAUUAAUUGUAUUUUCCCCUGAGAACGUGAACUAGUUUUAAUUCUGUUAUCUUUUCUCAUUCCUAGUAAUUUGCUACACAACCAAAACUCAGAGCUCUGUCUGUUUCUUUAUCUCAUACUUGGUUUGGUUUUUCUGUCUGCUCUAAAAUAUCUAAAGGAGAUGUCUCCUUUGGAAAAGACAUAGGUUCUAAUGCCACAGUCAGUAAAACAGGUUGACUUACCUUUCAACAUUAUUUCUCAAAGUAUUUGGUGAUUUCUAUGUUCAUUCAACACUAAAUUCCUGAUUCUCAGCACCCUACUAAGAGCUAUGUGAUACAAACAAAAUUACUUGCUUACAAAACUCAUUUGCUAGUUCUAAAGCUAUGGAUGAAUCUAGUGACCAGUUAGGAAUACAUCAGUUCAAUGUUUUACAUCAAAUGAUCUAAACACCUAAUUAAGUUCCAUAUCCAAGUGAACGGAGGCUAGUGAUAAAAUGGAAAUAUUUUGGCCAGUCUCCAAAAUGUUUAUUCUUCUUUUAAAGUCUGGCUUAUUCUUACCAUAAUUACCAAGCUGAGACUCUAGCAAAAGAAGUUUAUCCUCCAGUCACCAGGGGUACUUACUUACACAGUCACUUUCGUGGCCUACAAAUCCUUCAGCCAAAAGAGGAAGUUCUCUCUGGUUGGUUGUUUAAUGUUAUUUUUUAAAAAAUUAAUAGAGUAUUUUGGAAAAUUUUUCCUCAGAUUAGGUGCUUUGAAAUUUAUUUAUAGAGAAUAUUAGUAUUGAUUUUUCUCUAGAACAGAAGAUAUUGUUUAAUGGGAUGUAUUGUUUGAUAUUUCUUAUCUCUGAAGAAGUUUCUUAAUUCAGUAGUAUUUUACAAGAUCAAAUGAGCUAUUAUGUGGUAGAGUUAGCACAUUAUGAGAAGAAAAAAGUGAGCAAAGUGCUCCUUUUAAAGUGUAUUUUUUCUGAUUUGUUCAACGUGUUGCCUCACUUCUUCCCUUCCUAGUCCACGUAGCCUUAAGUACACAGGUGUCUGCAGCUGGGCUGACAUGUGGGACCACAUAUGACACAAAGGGACAGCUAGACUUGUUAGUCCUGAAAGCUGGUGUGACCUGUUAUUGCUGGCAUAAAAACAAGCAUGUUUUCAGUUUUAUGUCCAUAACUUAACAUAAUAAUGGGAAAUUGUCCACCUUUCUCUUGCCCUGUUCCCUUCAUUUCUAAAAAUUAUUUGUUAUUUAUAUAGUAUAUUCCAUACCUUUAACAUACAAGGCAGAGAGGCACAUAUGACUUAUUUAUAACUUUUAAAAAGCAACUCAAUACUUGAAAAGGAGCCUUCUAUAACCCAGGUAUGCUUUUUAGAUCUGGUGAACAUUUAUAGCACAUUCAAAGUUCAGUGUUGGAACUGUUCAGAUUUGUAUUCUAUUAAACACCUUUUAUGUUUCUGGUGUCAACUUGAAAACCACCCAUGUGAAAUCAUCGAACAUAUAUUUUCUAAGACAGUUUCUAUAUGAUAGGAUUUGAUCCACCGCAUUAAAAUAAACAGAUUAAGCAGUAUACUUGCCUCUACAAUGACAGCUUUCUUUCCAAACAUGCUGCAAAUUCAAUACAGGUGUAUUUCAUUUAGGGAACACUGGGUGAAGGAGGUCAAGACCGCGCCUGCAACCUAGCUGGGUGACUAAUAUAUAGGAGAAUUAAGAAUGCAUCCUUUGUCUACAUAAUAAGCACAUACUGUGGAACAUGAUGUCAAAAAGACUUGGUGUUGGGGCUGUGGAUACAGGUCAGUGGUCAAGUGCUGGCCUAAAAAGAUUGGGCAUUAAUAUUUUCUUCCAUAUAAGCAUCUAUAAUAAUCUUGAUUAUUACACCUACCUUAGUCAUUAUCUAAAACAUGGCUUUGAAUAUACCUAUAGAAUAAAAGAUAUUUCCAGGAGAAUGACAGCAGAAUCUUUUAAAUAAUUUAUCAGUGAAACACACUUUAGGAUACAAUCUUAAAACUUGUUAUUCACUGUAAGGUGAGAGACCAGGAAAAGCACUGAAUUUAUGGAUUUCUGCUGUAAUUUUAGUAUCUGUUAAACAGGGGAAAAUGCCAGGAAAAAACACAUCGACAGCUUGCCCAUUUACUUAGUAAUAGCAAAGUAAAAUUGAAAUGUAUUGUUUAAUAAUCAUAAAUCUUGGGGCGGGGUGAAAUGAUGUUUUAGAUAGUGCUACCUACAGGUAUUCUUUAAUAGCUGAGUGUAAUAACUUCUCAGUUAUCAAGUUCAGACCAUCUCCCUAACUCGGAACAAAAAAGUAUUAGAUGGGUACAACCAGGCCAGGAGCAGAGGAUUCCUCGUACAUGCUCUCUAGAAAACUAUAGUACAUUCUAUCUUAAGCUACAAAGUUGUAGAUGAAAUUUAUAGUUCAAAAGUAGCUACUGCCUAUACAACACUCAGAAUUGUCCUCUGGGUUAAUUCUUCAUGUCCUUCAGCCUGUCGAUUCCUACCAAUCCUAGCCUCAUGCACAGCUCGGUUAGACUGUCAGUUCAUUCAGUUCUCCAAGGCGAGUACCAGUGCUGCCACCUUCUGGGCACUACAAGCAGUUGCAAAUGCCAAACAGCUACCUGUUCAGCUCUUUCUUGUAUGCUGUUUAGGGAAGGAAAUACUUACAUGCCAAUAAUCAUCAGAGAGUCGCUUUACAAGUAUUCAUGUUCGGAAAUACCAGGAAGUAUUUUAUCAUCAUCAUAUUGUGCUUAUGAGUGCAGAGCAGUAUAAUUCUCUAGAUCUUCAUAUGUGUACAGUACAGUCUAUAGCACUUGAGUAAUUUGGUCAACUGUAUCUUCAAUGCCUUCGUUUACAGGUAAUAAAUUAUUCACAUUUUAGACAAUUAGGUUCAUGGGAUUGAUUUUGUCAUAUCCAUAUAAAUAGAAUAAGAAAUUGACUUGCAGAUAAUCAGUAUUCAAACGUAUGAAUCUGUGCUUUACAAAGUUUUAAGAUUUUGCUCAACUCAACAUUAUCCCAUUUCACUUAAAAUUUAGACAAUAUAAUGUUAACUCUGGCCAAAGUAGAAAUUCAUGUCCUAUAUACAUGUCUAGAUUUUCUGGUGGCUCCUGUACUAUGUCUCACUUGAUGUUACAGUACUGUUUGUAAUAAAUGUUCUAAUUUCUAUUUAGGAACUCUAUACAUCUGUAUUAAAUCAGGAGUUUCAUGCUUUUAGAGGCCUAUGUAUUUUGAACUGUACAUUUUAAUUUUCUGAGUGCAUGUUAUAUACUGUUUAAUACUUGACAUAUCUUGGCAAAUCUAGUCUUCUCCUUCCUACCUGUGACAUACACAAUAUCUCUUGAAAACUGCCACUGUCCCAGUUACCAAAUCAUGCUAGCCUAUGCUGUAUCAAAAGUAUGGUAUAUUUUAUGGAGAUUUAGUGAUAUACAUGUAAAUGUUUUUUAAGUUAUUUUAUUGAACUUCAAUAUUUACAUAAAGUUACAAUCUUUUUUUAAAGAAAGUGUCAGUGCCAGAGCUGUAUAAGAAAAUAAUCAAAUAAAAGUAAAGGUAAUUCA